AUGGCUCUUGAAACACUCCUCUUCAAGGUCAAAACCGCCUUUUCCAACAGCUUCGAUUCCGUUCCACCCAAGCUUCUCAAGAACAAAACUAAAACUACUUUUACUUCAUUCAAGAACUCGAAACGAAACGUCGCCGUUUUAGCCUUCGAGAUCGCGGGUCUCAUGUCGAAGCUUCUUCAUCUUUAUCAAUCUCUCUCCGAUGCCACCAUCGUUCGCAUCCGAAACGACGCCGUUACGCUUGAAGGUGUUCGGAAGAUUAUCUCAAACGAUGAAUCGUUCUUGCUCGGACUCGCUUGCGCUGAGUUUACUGAAGCUCUCCGACUCGUUGCUAACUCGGUUACACGACUCAGUCUACGCUGCGAGGAUCAUAAUCUCCGGGAUUUCCACCGGGCGUUUCUCGAGUUUGCUGAUUCGGGCCGUGAUGCAAACGGGUGGGUUUUUUCUGGUCCGAAGGAGAUUGAAGCUAAGUUUAGAAAAAUGGAACGUUACGUGAUGCUUACGGCAGCUUUGCACCGUGAAAUGGAGGAGCUUUCUGUUUUGGAAAGUGGGUUUAGAAAAGCUUUGAGUUUGAAUCAUCAUCAUCAUCAUCAUCGUCGUAAUAGUAGCAGUGAAGGGAAUGAAGGCUCUUUGGGUGUUGGGAAAGAGCAGAAAAUAUAUGAACUUCAGCAGAAGAUUUGUUGGCAGAAACAAGAGGUGAAGGAUCUGAAAGAUAGAUGUUUGUGGAGUAGAAGUUUUGAUGGUGUUGUUUUAUUACUUGUGAGGUUUUGUUUCACUGUUUUAGCAAGGAUUAAGGUUGUUUUUGGGAUUGGUCAUUCUGUUCGUUGUUUGUCAACUAGUUUAUCAACUUCUGCAACAGUUUAUCCCUCUGAUCAGAAUCCUAAUUCUUGUCAUGAAUUCGUUUCUGGGUCAUUGGAAAUCUCGGAGCUUGAUGAGAUCAAAGAACGUUUCGGAAGUGGGUUUUUUGAGUCUAACUCUAAGCUUUUGAAACCACCUCCUAGUACUUUAGGUGCUUCAGCUUUGGCUUUACACUAUGCUAACUUGAUCAUAGUGUUGGAGAAGAUGAUAAAGACACCUCAUUUGAUUGGUUUGGAUGCAAGGGAUGAUUUGUAUGGCAUGUUGCCUAGCAGUAUAAGGUCAGGUUUGAGGACUAGGUUGAAAGGAAUUGGGUUUUGUGCAAGUGAUCCUGUUCUUGCUGGUGAAUGGAAGGAUGCUUUGGGGAGGAUAUUAGGGUGGUUAUCACCUUUGGCACAUAACAUGAUCAAGUGGCAAAGUGAAAGAAGCUUUGAGCAGCACAAUUUGGUGCCUAAGACUAAUGUUUUGCUUCUGCAGACUUUGUUUUUUGCAAACAAAGACAAGACUGAGGCUGCAAUAACUGAGUUGCUUGUUGGGUUGAACUAUAUCUGGAGGUUUGAGAGGGAAAUGACUGCUAAGGCUUUGUUUGAAUGUGCUAAUUUCAAUGGUUUUAUUAAAUCUGCAAAAACAUAG